AUGGAAGGUAGGAAUGGCAAUGAUAUUCGCGAUCAUUUACUCAAAAACAAACGCAAGCGCGAUACUUGUCUUCCUGCCGGUGUUCAAGGUUGUUUUACUGGUGGUACAACAAAAUGUUGCAGUGGUUAUUGUGAUUAUCCUAGUGGUAUCUGUUGCAAUAGUCUUGCUCAAGCUUGUACUAGUGACAGCCAAUGUUGUACUGGUUAUUAUUGUAAGGGCACUUGUGUUAGAAAGUGUCUUGCUACUGGUCUAACUUGUGGUGGCGAUCCAUGCUGUAGUGGUUAUUGUGAUUAUCCAAGUAAUGUUUGCUGUCUCGAUUUUGGCCAUGCUUGUACCGGUAGUGGUCAAUGUUGUAGUCGUUAUUCUUGUAAUGGUGGUAUUUGUCGCUAG